AUGGCCAGGUCUCUCUCUGAUGCAUUGCAGGACCCUGAGGAUGCUGUGCCUGUUGGGCAGAGGAGGGCCUGGUGCUGGUGCAUGUGCUUUGGGUUGGCCUUUAUGCUGGCUGGUGUGAUCCUGGGCGGUGCCUAUCUGUACAAAUAUUUUGCAUUCCAGCAGGGUGGUGUGUAUUUCUGUGGAAUAAAGUACAUUGAAGAUGGCUUAAGUUUACCUGAGCCUGGGGCAGAGGCUCAGAGUGCUCGCUACCACACGAUUGAGCAAAAUAUUCAGAUCCUGGAGGAGGAAGAUGUUGAGUUUAUCAGUGUGCCAGUCCCUGAGUUUGCUGAUAGCGAUCCUGCUGAUAUCGUCCAUGACUUCCACCGGAGACUCACUGCCUAUCUUGACCUUAGCCUGGAUAAGUGCUAUGUGAUUCCGCUGAACACUUCAGUUGUUAUGCCGCCAAAAAAUUUCCUGGAGCUGCUCAUCAACAUCAAGGCUGGAACAUAUUUGCCUCAGUCCUAUUUGAUUCAUGAACAGAUGAUUGUUACUGAUCGCAUUGAAAAUGUGGAUCAGCUGGGAUUCUUUAUUUACCGCCUCUGCCGUGGCAAGGAAACCUAUAAACUGCAGCGCAAAGAAGCCAUGAAAGGAAUUCAGAAGCGCGAAGCCAUCAAUUGCCGAAAGAUUCGACACUUUGAGAACAGGUUUGCUAUGGAAACCCUCAUCUGUGAGCAGUAAGGGGAAUGUUACUGUUCCGGGAGACGUAACAGCUACAGUAUGACCCCACCCUUUAUAUUGUGUGCAGUGAUUAUUUUUUAAAAUCUUCUUUUAUGUAAGUAGUGGACAGGGCUUUAUUGCUGAACACCUUCCAUACUUUUCAUCUCAUGAUACAUGUAAAAUCAAUAUGUUUUAGUUUUUUCCUUGUUUUCAGGUGUGGUGUUCUUCUUAUAUUUGAAUAGCAAUUGUAUAAAGACUUAGUUGCUAGUGCAUUUCAUGUGCUGAGUACUAGGAAGAAGAGAAAGUCUUUGAAAUAUCCACCAGUUUUUAAUUAAGUAAAACUGAAAAGAAUUAUUAAUGUACAAAUGGACUGCAAGAGCUACUUCUAACUGUAAUAUUACCUGCUAUAUACUUUGUUACAGCAUAUAGACAAACCUGUAUUUGCCUCUCCCUAACAAAGUGCAAUUUGUUUUGUUUUUAAAAUAUUGUCAUAUUUACCUUUUUAGAUUGAUUUCUGACUUGAUGUUUCAAAAUGGCAAGUGUUUGCUGUAACAAUCUUUUAGAAAAUUAAGAAGUAACUUAUGUUACUAACUUGUAUAUAAUCCAUGUAUGUGCAAUGGAAAAUAAAUCUUAUAAACCUGUUUGUCUAAAA